AUGGCGGACAAAGCCGCUGCUAGUGGAGACCCAGCAUCCCAGGCAAACGGCGUGGCAAUGGCCAGCGCAGCACCAGCGGCUGCAAAGCAGAAACCCAGCAAGAACCCUCAGCCGGGUGCCCCCAGCCGGAAGCAGCCAGCAGCCUCCCGCCCUCUGUCGGGUCCUUGCAGCACUCCCAAAAUGCUCAGCAACGGAACAGCCCGGAAGGCCGGUGCGUUGCAGCUGAGGCAGCAAGUGCCCAAGGCUGGCGGGGCCACCAACACAUCUGCUGGCGUGAGCACAAAAAAGGUGGCCGGGGACAGGGCCGGUGGGCAGAAGACUUCAGAAAAGAUUGGCCUGGACAAGGUGGGGCAGCAAAACCCCACGAAGGGGCUGUCAGUGCAGUCAGCUUCAGCACCAAAGACAACUGCCACAAAGCCCAAGAGAGCUGAACAGACAAAACCAUCCAGGACUUGGUUACCAGGGUCAAAGAAUGCCACUUCCUCAGCACUAAACAGAACACCAGCAAGUGACAAAAGUGUGAGCAAAGCUAAGCAGACAGCACCACCUGCUGGUCAAGCUGUAGCAGUGCAGCAUCAGAAAAAUGCUCUGGUUACCCAAAGAGAUGCUUCCAAGGGAGCCACCAUCACUAAGGCCAAGACUGCAGGCUCAUCCCCCAUUGUGAAGGUGCCAUCUGUCCCAAAGCAACCCAAAGUCUUAGGCAGCAAAUCACAGUCUGACCAAAACCUUGGACAGAGGAAUGUUGCUCCCUCUGGGAAUACCAAGCUUUCAUCCAAGAGGUUUUCAGAGCCCACAAAGCCUCGAAUUCCUGCCAAGACAGCAGGUGGGAAUGUCCAUCCUGCCACUUCACAAAGGCCUUUAGCCCACAAGGUCCCCACUGCAGGGGGCAGCCCAGGCAAAAAACUUCUGAAGAAAGAUGCCCUUCCAAGCCAAGAGGUGGCCUCCAUUCAGAUUAAACUUCAGAAGGAAGCUUCCAAAGAUGGGAACACCAAGGUAACCACCAGGGAAGCAGAAAGUAUUUCUAUAGAGGCUCCAAGGCCUCUGGACAAAAUGGAGCUUACAACAAAGUUAGAGACUGACCAGCCACUCUCCAAGGAGGCAGAGUCUGAGACCGCCAGGGGGGCAGCCCUGGAGACUGAGCAAACGGAAGCGAGCCUCUUGGAAGGGGAAGAAGUGGCUGAGCAGAUCAGCUUGACAGAACCUGAAGUGCUGUCUCCAGCAAAGCAUGAAGCAUCCUUGAGCUCUCCAGGCUGCCUAGUUGCAGAGGUCUCCUCUCCUAAUUGGAUGUCUCCCAUUGCUGCCACUCCUCAGGUCCAAGAACCCCCUGGUGGUGGCAGUGGUGGUGCUGAUGAAACAGAGCAUUUGGAGAUGGCUCGCCCUUGUAAAGUGGCCUCCCCAAUUUGUCUGGAGCUCUUUCCCCAGGCUCCUGUACCAGAAUGCCUGUGGUCUGGUGGGGAUGGCACAGGGGCCGAUUGCUCGGGAGAACAAGCGCUGCCACACCUUGAUGUUCCAGUGGUGGUGGAGCAGCCAGGCCUGCUGCCUGCCGCUGACAGACCGUGCACAGACCUUCACCAUCUGCCUGCCUCCCCGUCAGCUGAGCACUCCCCAAGGCCAAAUAUGGAAAAUGGCCUCAUGCUAAGCUGUGCAGAGGGGCUUCCCUCUCCCGGCUCCUCGGUCUCAAAGGCUGCAUUGCUUGAGGAGGCCCAGGCUAUUAAGCUCCCAGCACUGCCUGCAGAGGCACCGCAGGAGCCCCCGCUCCAAGCAGAGCUACCUCCAUCAGCCAGGCAGGUAGCACCUCCCCUGGAAGCAGCAGCUGGGCCUCUGGCAGGGGCACAUGCUGGCAGGGAUAGCAUUGAGAAUGAAAAGGCAGCAGACCUGUCUUGGAGCUCAAGGGAGGACACGGCAUCUCUGGAGACAGAGGAUGAAGGACUGAGGAGCCCCCUAGACCUCGCAGCUGAAGGUGGCCAGGUUACACAGGAGGCGGCUGCUCCCGCGGCUGGCAAAGAGCUGGUGGAGGACCUGCAGGAGGCAGAGAGUUCUGCAGUUGAGCAGCUAAUUCAGGACCAGGCUUCCCCCUCCAUCCCUAUAGCUGCAGCCUCGCUCCCUGCAGAGGGGGAUGGAGAGCCCUUCGUAGGCCAUGUUGAGCACCAGUCCAGCUCUCCUGGUGAACACCCCAGCUCGGAAGGCCCCGAUGCUGAGGCACUGACCCCAGAGGUGUGUGGGAGCCACCCAGAGCACCUGGAGGCGGCUCCUGGAUGUCAUGUUCCAGCUCUCCUGCUCCCUUCCUCAGAGGAGAUCACCCCUGGGGACAGUGGUGGCUUUGCUCCAGGGUCUGUAUCUAAACCGCAGAGCCUGCCCCUAAGGACCCUGCCGUUGUUACAGGAGCAGCCCCCUCAGCUGGCCGAAGAGCUGGGGCCGGAGCUCAGCAGUGCAGUGCUGCAGAACCGCUCCCCUGAGAGGGGGAGCUCCUCUUCCAGAUCCAGCACCCUGAGUGGCCCCGAUCUGGCUGGCAAGAGCAGCAGUGAGACCAGCACCCCGGAGGAGCUGCGGGAGUACGACAGCAGCUCAGGCGUGGAGUCCAAGUCAGACGAGAAGCUGGAGGAGCCCUGCCACCAGCCCCUGAGUCCCCUGGAGGACCUUCCUGGUGAGCUGGACCUGGGCAUCCACAUGGAGAAGGGUGACGAUGAGGCAGAGACCCUGCCGGCGGAUGAAGUUCUUGGAGACCCACCCACAGAGCCGACCGUGUCCUCAGAGGAGGAGACAGAAUUGGACGUAGACCUCCUGAAGGACGCCAACUUCUCUGCGGCGGUGUGCCUGUCGGCAUCCCCGCCCAGCCAGCCCCCCUUGCCCCAUUCAGUGGAGGGAUCGGAUGAGCCUGGUUCUGGCGAUGCCGGCACCGAGACACCUGCCUCCACCAACUCCGCUGCCUCGUGCGACGUGUUUGGUGCCUUCCACCUCCAUUCGACCGACAGCUGUGCCAAGAGCCCCGGCCUCUCUUCCCUGGAGAGUGAGGAGCACUCCACGGAGGGCAGCAAGGACCAGCUCCCCAGAGAGACCAGCAGCAAGAUCCCCGUGGAUUGGGACCACCCCCUGCAAGUCCCCCCUGCUCCCCAGAAGAUUGGAAGGCAGGAUGAAGAUUCCCCCCAGCCUCUCCUGGCCCCUCAUAGCCUGGCUGCAGGUGUCAAUGGGGCCGGCAUGCCUUUCCCCUGGGGACCAUGCCCAACAGAGAUCCUCUCCACUAUCUAUGAAGUGGAAAGUGGUGCUGAGACGCCUGGCCCAGACGAAGAGGAUGGGAGUCACUGUGUGCGUGCCACCUCCCGAGAGCAGGCUCUUCACCUAGGGAACAUCCAGGCCACAGUCGUGCAGCAGCUCAUCAGCCGGACGCUGCUCUUCUCAGCGGAGGCGCCUGGGGCUGUCGGUGGGAAGGGGGCAGUCAGCAGUGACGCGGAGAUCAGCAAAUGGACAGAACUGAUCUCCCCGUUGGAUGAGUCGCGGGCCAGCAUCACUUCUGUGACGAGCUUCUCCCCGGAGGACGUGUCAUCCCCUCAUGGGGACUGGACUGUGGUGGAAGUAGAGACCUUCCACUGA